ACAGACAAUUAACCACAAGUCACAUGUUCUUGAAAUUCUAAUACUGUAAAGUGCGAUAAUGUACAUUUUUUAUACCACCAGUUUCACUGCAAGUGCAACAAUAUUUCCUGUAGUGAAUCUAGUAUAGAUAUUCCUUGUACUUGUGUUUCAAUAAGUGUUCCAAUUUUAUUACAAUUAAUUUUAUCACCAACAAAAUUUAAGACACAAACAGAAUGAAACUGUUCAUUUUUGUUUUUCUUGAAUUAAUUACUGUCAUUGUCGUGAUAUCGAAUCCUGUCGUGCAAAUUAAAAAUGGAACACUCGAGGGUAUUUUUAUGGAAACCAGAAAAGGAAGAAAAAUUGCUGCUUUCAUGGGAAUUCCCUAUGCAGUUCCACCAUUGGGUGACUUAAGAUUUGAACCACCGAGACCAGCUUUAUCGUGGAGCAAUGUGCUUUUAGCAAAAAAUCAUUCAAAUAUGUGUACUCAACGAGAUUAUUAUACUUUUCAAACUGAAGUUGUUGGCGAUGAGGAUUGUUUAUAUCUUAAUGUUUACACCCACGAAAAUAUAAUUUCCCAACAAACAAAAGGAAUGGCUAAAAAUAAUUAUCCCGUUAUGAUAUGGAUACAUGCCGGUGGUUUUUUUAUCGGUACUGGGAAUUCGGACAUAACUAGUCCGAAAUUUUUACUAGAUCACGAUGUUAUACUUGUAACUAUCAACUAUAGACUAGGUCCGUUAGGUUUUCUGAGUACAGGUGACCUAAUAAUUCCUGGAAAUCAAGGACUUAAAGAUCAAGCGCAAGCAAUUCGAUGGGUUCAUGAAAAUAUUGCCGAAUUUGGAGGCGAUUCAAAUAAGGUGACAUUAUUUGGUGAAAGUGCAGGCGGAGUCAGUAGUCAUUAUCAUAUGUUGAGUCCCCUUUCAAGAGGUCUCUUUCAUCGAGGAAUUUCACAAAGUGGAACAGCUUUUUGUCCCUGGGCUUUUAAUACACCAGAGAGAGCAAAGAAAAAUGCGGAAAAAUUGGCCAAACUAUUUGAAUGUCCAACUAAUAAUUCGAAACAAUUACUGAAUUGUUUGAAAAAAAGCGCAAUUGAUAUUAUUGCUACCGACAACAAAUUUGAUGUAUUCGAUUAUUGUCCAAUAAUUCCAUUUCGACCAGUCAUAGAACCUGAACAUUCUGGAGCAUUUUUAACAGAAGACCCGGCUGUUUUGAUAAAAAAUGAAAAAAUAAUGGAUAUUCCAUGGUUAUCGGGUUUUACGUCAGACGAAGGAGCUUUCAGAGCUUCCAGACUUUUUGGUGUAAAAAAUGGUGAACUACUUACACAAUUCGAUAAGAAUUUCGAAAAAAUUGGACCAAUGUCAGCAUUAUGUGACGACAAUUACUCGGAAAAUUCACUUAAAAAAAUAUCAAAGAGUCUACGAAAGUUUUAUUUCAAUAAUCAUUCUCUCAACGAAUCGAGUCAAGCUGUAGUAAACAUGUACACAGAUGCCUGGAUUCUAUUUGGAAAUUACCAAUCCCUACGUGAACAAUUAAAAUAUUUUUCCUCGUCAAUGUACUUUUAUUAUUUCGCCUACAAAGGUAGUACAACAUUAAGUGUUCUAUUUGGUGAUAAAUUCAACGACUAUGGCGUUUGUCAUGGUGAUGAACUCCAAUAUUUAUUUCCAUUCGCCGAGCAACUAUUUCCCAAUACACAAUUAAAUAAAGAAGAUCACAGAAUGAUUGAUCUCAUGACUAAUCUAUGGUUCAAUUUUGCAAAUUCCGGAAAUCCAACACCGGAAAUUACGGAGGACAUUAAAACGCAAUGGGAGUCAAUAAAAACUAAUUCCUUGGAGUAUUUUCACAUAAAAAAUUCCAAAGACUUUUUUAUGGGAAAAAAUUUAUAUUUAGAAAGAAUGGAGUUCUGGAAAAAUUUAACUACUAUUAGUAAUGAUUUAAAAAAUAAUGAAUUACUUAAAGAUGAAUUAUAA